GUGCCCAGACGUAACCCGUUUAAUAUGGCGACUUUCAGAAUAUUGUAUGGGGACUGGAAACAUACCCGUUUUUAAACGAAAAUUAGGGACAGCCGCGGUCCUGUAGUUUACUAAAAUGCGGUGGGGUUAGGACAAGCAACCCUGUCUCUACGGUAUUAACAAUGUUAACUGAGACCAGCCUGUCCAUAUGGGGAUGGAGCGGUUUGGGGGUGGUGCUCUUUCUCAUUACAUUUGGCCCCUUUGCCAUAUUUUAUUUUGUUUUUUAUAUCCUGUGCUUCGUUGGUGGAGGCUUUGUAGUAACCCUUUUAUUUGGAAAGACAAACUCAGAGAAACACUUGGAGAAAUGUGAACAGUCCUUCCUCCCUGCAACUCAGCCUGGCAUACUGAAGACAUUGGAUGAAUUGAAACUUGAAGUCAAGCCCAUUAAAAUUGACAGAAGAGUUACAGGGUCCAACAUUAUUGAUGAGCCACUACAGCAGGUUAUCCAGUUUGCCCUGAGAGACUACAUCCAGUAUUGGUAUUACACUCUGAGUGAAGAUGAGUCCUUUCUGUUGGAAAUCAGACAGACUGUUCAGCAUGCACUCGUCCAGUUUUCCACAAGGUCCAAAGAAGUGGACUGGCAGCCGUAUUUCACUACCAGAUUGGUGGAUGACUUUGCCACACACCUGCGAGUGUUCAGGAAAGCCCAGGAGAGGCUGAACGAGAAGGAAGACCCUAAACAGCGGGAUGACCCGGAGGAACUGCUGGACUCCUUCUUUGAGGCGGAGGUGGAGAUGGAGCGGACGCUCUGUAGGGACGUGGUCUGCACCAUGCCCAAAGAGGAAGAGGGCUUUCUGAAAGACCUUUGUGAGGUCUUGCUGUACCUGUUACUACCUCCUGGAGACUUCCACAACAGGAAUAUGAGAUACUUUGUCAGGGAAAUUCUUGCAAGGGGUGUUCUGCUUCCACUGAUCAACCAGCUGAGUGAUCCAGAUUAUAUUAAUCAGUAUGUGAUUUGGAUGAUCCGGGACUCCAGCUGUAACUACGAGGCUUUCAUGAACAUCCUGAAGCUGUCAGACAAGCCUGCGGAGCUGGAGGCUGUGAAGGACAAGGCAGCCGAGGAGCUGCAGUACCUGCGCUCCCUCGACACUGCUGGGGACGAUAUCAAUGUGAUAAAGAAUCAGAUCAACAGUCUGCUGUUUGUGAAAAAGGUCUGUGAGACCAGAGUACAGCGGCUGCGAUCGGGAAAGGAGGUAGAUGCCCUGAAGCUGGCGGCGAGCUUUGGCAAGCUUUGUGUCAUCCCACUGGAGCAUAUACUGGUUCACAACAUUGCACUUCAGUUUUUUAUGGACUACAUGCAGCAGAUGGGGGGCCAGGCGGAUCUGUUCUUCUGGCUGACGGUGGAGGGGUACCGGGUCACAGCGCAGCAGCAGCUGGAGGUUAUGCAGAGCUGGCAGAGGGACGGCAAGAAGCAGAGCAGCCAGACCAAAGGCCUGCUGAAGGCCGCCGUGGUGGGAGUCUAUGAGCAGUACCUGUCUGAGAAGGCCUCUCCCAGAGUCCAAGUGGACGAAGCUUUGAUCGCAAAGCUAGCUGAAAAACUGCAUAAAGAGGACCCCACACCUGAGAUAUUCGAUGACAUCCAGAGAAAGGUGUACGACAUGAUGCUGCACGAGGAGCGCUUCUACCCGUCCUUCAGAGCGCACCCCCUGUACGUGCGCAUGCUGGCCGAGCUGGACAUGCUGAAGGAGCCCAGCCUGCGGGGCUCAGACGACGGGGAGGGAGAAUCAUUCAAUGGAUCUCCUACAGGAAGCUUAAAUUUGUCUUUGGAUGACCUCUCUAAUGCAAGUUCAGAUGAAUCAAUGCAAAUUCACGCAUUCAUCUCCGAUACGGUUGCUGACACUUGUUUAAACCAAAUUCCUGUGGCAGGAGUGUGUAAUGACCACGGGAAGACUUACGCACUGUACGCCAUCACCGUGUUCCGGAAGGUUCCGGACGGCAGCGAUGACACCUGGGUCACCUACCGUCGCUAUAGCGACUUCCACGACUUCCACAUGCGCAUCACAGAACAGUUUGAAAACCUUGCUCCCAUCUUGAGACUUCCUGGGAAAAAGACCUUCAACAACAUGGACCGGGAAUUCCUUGAGAGGAGAAAGAAAGACCUCAAUGCUUACCUGCAGCUGUUGCUGAAUCCAGAGACGAUGAAAGCCUGUCCCACACUGUCUGCGUAUCUCUGUGACUUCCUGGAGAACAAGGCCUACAGCAAAGGGAAGGGCGAUUUUGCACGAAAGAUGGACACCUUUGUGAACCCCCUGCGGAACUCCAUGCGGAACGUCUCCAACGCUGUGAAGUCAUUCCCGGACAGCCUCGCCGAGGGAAUGACCAAAGUGUCAGACAACAUGGGGAAGAUGUCCGAGAGACUGGGCCAGGACCUCAGGCAGUCCAUAUUCAAGGUGCCCCCUAUGAUGCCAAAAUCAGACAUCAACUCGGAGCACUGCCGGGUCUCCGCACAGCUGGAUGACAAUGUGGAUGAUAACAUUCCUCUGCGGGUCAUGCUGUUGCUGAUGGAUGAAGUGUUUGACCUAAAAGAGAGGAACCAGUGGCUAAGGAGGAACAUCAAGAACCUACUGCAGCAACUCAUCCGGGCUACCUAUGGAGACACCAUCAACAAAAAGAUCGUCGACCACGUGGACUUCAUGACGUCUCCAGAGCAGGUGGCUGAGUUUGUCAAGCGCUUCAGGGAUUCCUAUUGGCCCAACGGGAUCCUGGCAGAGAGCCCACCCCGCAGGGACAAAAACAUCCGCAUGAGGACCAGGGUCGCUGCUAAAACCAGCCUGCUGGGGAUAAUGCCAGACGAGCUGAAGCACAUCAUCGGCGCGGACACCACCAGGAAGGGCAUCCUGCGCGUCUUUGAGAUGUUCCAGCACCAGCAGCUGAACCGGCGGCUGGUGUACGUCUUCCUGGAGGGCCUGCUGGAGACCAUGUUCCCCCAGUGCAAGUUCCCCGAGCUCUUCAUCAAGCUGCACUCCUGCUCCCAGCGCACGCACAGAUACUCGCAAAAGCUGAGGACUGCGCAGAAAAGGUGACGCGUCCACCACCAGGGGGCGGUACAGAGGGAGGGGAGACGAGGGGGCCCACAUCACUGCCCAGAGAGCGCCCCGCUGCCCUGCUCUCCGUACCCCGAAACGAGCACUGUAUCAUCGCGUUUGUAGCAUGGAGGUAUCGCUGGGUCUUUGCGGAUCCUAAGCUGCCAGAACCCAACCACUGAAAGGAAAACUUCAGAAACUAUGGUGCUGGACACAACUGCUGAUGGUAUCAGAUGUUCUUUCUGUCCGUGUUUUUACUGUGUCCCCAUUUUAAACGUUCGAUGGUGGCGGGGGAAACCCUGACCCCGUACGCUUGGUUCCUCACCCUCCACAGUAUCUAGGCCCCACGCGGCUUUCGAGGCGAGGCACACAUAGAGUAGUACCCUUAGCCACUUUUUACGGGAUGGUCCUGAACAGCGAACGGGGAAUCAGAAGUGCGAAACUGCAUUGAAAGGACGGUAGUGGGCUCUGCACCCUACACCUGCGUUGGUGAAGUCGGUGUGGGAGCCUGUAGCACCAGGGAGAAGCGUGCUUACGUUUAAGUAUCUUAUUCUGUUGCAUCGUCACAGCUGGGAUUUCAGAUCACAGCUGGGAUUUCAGAUGCCGGUUCAUUUUAAAUGCAGUCAUUCAUCCGUCACCAGAUUAAUAAAAAAAAUUAUUUGUGGCCAAAUUUUGUAGCAGGGAGCCUUCGGUGUGUUCCUGUGGUAACCUAUUUAAGCAAGUAUAACCUUUCUUCCCUGGUGUGUUCAUUUUAGUUGCUGUCAAUCAUGUGAUGGUGUGUAAGAGUUUGGGGGGGGAAUUAAAAAUACUUGAUUACAUGUAUUCGCAGAGUUGAGGAGUAACUGCCAUAGCAGUUGGACUUAGUGCCCCUCAUAGAUCAGAUACAAGGAUUUAAUUCGAGGAUUCUGCACAUUCCUUGUGCUCACUCGGGUUUCUGAAGUGAGUGUUGGGGUGCUUUCACAUACAGUACAGUAUAGCAUUUAAGUACUUAUGGAUGGCUUUUAACCAGUGUGGAGCCUAACGAGAUUUUCACACUACAUAUUAACACCUACUGCAGCUGAUGCAUCAGAGGGUGAACGGCUGUCCUUUUAAAUGCCAAAUGUGAGCGCGUCCUUUGACUUGACGCUGCACCGUUAAACACUGGGAGGAAGCCUGCUUCGUAUCUACGAUUUCAGUGAGAAAUGCAAGAGAAAUCACCCAACUUCCUCCAGGUGAACGAGUCCAUUUGACCUUCUGUCCAGAGGUCAGAUUUGAUGCAGAUGCAGUAAGUGUUUGUGUUCGUUCUAGGCAUACUGAGAUAUGCUCUUAAGAAUGUAACUCUCUCGGAUGUAAAAUACCCGUCUGUCCUGUUUUUAACCCAGUUACAUGUUGUAAAACAUCGUAUGCUUGCAGAUCUGAUUGUAAAGAUAUGUUUGUAGCAGUACAAUGGGGAAAAUCCCACUCGAGUCAGGAAACUGUGCCACUCUUAGAUAGCAAAUCAGCCUUAAUACUAAACGAGAGUUUAGAAAAUUGAGAUGCGCUAGAGGUUAGACACCCUGGCAGACUACUUCAAAUGCAUAGAUUAAAAUACCAAAUUCUGUGUGUUUCUUCAUAGUAUUAGUCAUUUUGUGCAAUAUUUUUCUUUCAUGGCAUGGUUAUCAGAACAAUUGUACAAAAAAUAUUUUUGGAUAGGCAUACACGAGAGAGAACAAGUUAACUGGCACUAAAAACCCAACCAGUUACAUUCCGCUUGUUGUCAAGUUGAGUUUAAGGACUUGUUUUAUAAGUCUUACAUUUUUUCACUCCUCGGUAACACUUUUAUGAAUAAUGGACAUUUUUCAUCUGCGCAUGGCUUACAGCACAAGCAUUCUGAUGUGCACAUUGAAAAUGAUUUCAGUACAUAGUUGCAAACAUGUACAGUAUAGUAUGCAGCAUAGACUGACCUAAAGCAUACCUGGCUGCAACCCAUACUGUGCAUCAGAAGAGGAAGCCUUUACUUGCUUCCUGUAUUACGCAGCAGUAGAUAUCCAAUCAGAAUGAGAGUUGAUUCCACUGAUAUGUGAAUAUCUGGGCAGGUCCUCCAAUCAGGUGUGUGGAGAAAACGCCCAGUCCCAGGCUGCAUUGCAACCCACUCCCUCUCUGCCCCCUGUCCUCUAAAUUUGAGCCUUCAGUUUGGCCGUAACGUUUUAUUUUAUAUUGUAUACUUGGAAAUCAUGCAAGUAGAAUAAUUAUACAGGUAAAACAUCAAUAAAAUUUUGUGCGCUUAACUGCAAUGGACUUGUAUUUUAUCAUACUAACACUGAAAUAAAUUAAUACACAAUUAUUAAAACUUUCAGAACUAUUUGAGUAAAUAAUUGCAUAUUUACUUUGCAUUGCAUAGCUGUGCGAUAUUUUUAUGGAGUAUUUAUCUUACUUUUUAUCAUGUAUGUCUAAAAAAAAAAAAAAAAAGAACAAAAAAAAAAAGGACCCGUUUAGAAUUUUAUUUGUAUUUAAUUUUUUAUAAAUGUAUGGAUAUUGAUUGCACUGUGUAGUUGUGCUUAAUGGAAAUUCUGAAGAGAAUUCGGACCCAACACUUACCUGCUGCUCCUUCCCUUAGUCUUGACUGUGUGACCCCACACAAGCUCAGUAAUCACUCCAGGGGCUCAGCGGUUGAGAGAGUGGUUUGGGAUUCAGCCACAGUGUCAAGUGUCUCUUGACCCCCCCCCCC